CAGCAUCAGCAGCAUCAGCAGCAGAACCAGCAGCAUCAGCAGCAGAAGCACCAGCACCAGCAGCACCAGCACCAGGACCUACUGGCAGCAGGGCCGAGGACUGGCGUCACAAGCCCCUCAAUCUCCCGCAACACCAUCCAGCAGCGGCAGCAGCGCAACGUCGCAUCGCUGAGACGUGGCCACAGGCCUGCACAAUCUCGAUUGCAAACGGAAUUUUAGUUUCGGGCAAGGUCAUCCACUGCUUUUGUUCGUGAAUUACGGCUUCCGAAACCGCAACAUAAAAGUCGAGGGCAAGCGUGAAAAUGUACCAUGCAAUAUUAUAGUUUACGUGUCUGAAACACCUUGUUUGGGACACUAUCUCUGUCCGUUAUAACGCCUGCUGUUUUAUCGUUGAUUAUGACUGUGCAUCGCCUCGUAAGACUCCCAAGAUGAAUGAACACGCUCCGCUCAAGAGCUCCUCUCCUGCCAAGAAGGGUCUCCAUCUCGGGCGAUCGAUCAAGGGGAGCCUUGCCCAGGCUCCGUGCCCUCGCGACGCGGCCGACGGCGCUCAGCGCCCGGCGACCGUCUUCCCCGAGCCGCAGAGUCCCAAAGCGCGCUCCAGCGUCUCCGCGUGGCCUCCGGGCAAGGAGCCGCGGGCCAGCGAUAAAUCGGCGAAGACUCGCCUGAGCAAGUACAAUUCGGACCCGAGCCACAACGCGGCCUUUCGGACAAAGCAGAUUUCGCUCAAGAAAAAAAUCCACGACUGCGGCUCCAAGUCGACGGAGAGCUCGCACAGGCCGGGCGCUGUGGAGGCCCAGGGGUCGGCCUGGGACGACGGGGCCGGAGUCUCGCCCGGCGCCUCCAGACGAUGCUUUGCCCACUACGACGUGCAGAGCAUCCUGUUCAGGGCGGACGAGGACACGGACACGUCGUGCGGUCUGGCGGCGAGUCAGAACAUGACGACGGGAGCCUCGGCGGCCUCUCAGCCGAGCAGCCCGCUCCUCAACAGGGAGCCCAACGCCACGUUCCCCCCCGCCGAGGAGGACGACGGCGGUGACGGCAAGAGCAACGACCUCCUGCUCAGCUGCACGAAUUUCCUCAACGAGAUCGGCCCCGAGGAGGAGAGGUGCGUCCACCUGCGCGGCGGCGGCGGCGGUACGCCGUCGACGGCGUAUCCCGGGUCGUGCCGCACGGACGCGAGCGUGGCGGUGCUGGAGCCCGAGUCGGAGUCCGGCCAGGAGCCCGAGCCGCAGUCGCCGUUCUGCAUCGAGCACGAGGAUGUGGGCGCCCGCUAUUACAGGAAGUUCUUCUACCAAAGAGAGCACCAGAACUACGUGGGAGUGAGCGAGCGCCUGGGCCCCGUGGUUGUCAGCCUGCUGCGGGAGCAGAUCGCCAGCGGCGAGGAUGUGAGCAGCCCGCAGGCGACGCCGCAAUUCCUCUACCGCAUCAUCGUCAGGAGAAGCCAGCUGUACACGCUGCGCGGUGCGGUGAUGGAGGAGGCGGUCGCGAGCGCGGCGCGGCACGGGACGCCGCGCGGACUGCCCGCGCGCGACGUGCUGGAGGCGACCCUGCCCGAGCUGCACGCCCAGCAGGGCCUCCGUGGCCUCAAGCUCGCGGCCAACACCCACAAGCUGGCCGACAGCCUGCUGCGGAUCGACGAGCAGGAGCUGUGCUCGCAGCUCAAGGUGGGCAUCAUGUACUGCCGGGCCGGGCAGAGCAGUGAGGAUGAGAUGUACAACAACGAAGAUGCUGGCCCGGCCCUCACCGAGUUCCUGCACCUCCUGGGGGACUGCGUCCGUCUCAAGGGCUUCAACAAGUUCCGAGCCCAGCUCGACAACAAGAUGGACUCCACGGGAACGCACUCGCUCUACACCACCUUCCAGGGCUACGAGAUCAUGUUCCACGUGUCCACCAUGCUGCCGUACAUGCCCAACGAUCGUCAGCAGGUGCUCAGGAAGCGGCACAUCGGCAACGACAUCGUCACCGUCAUCUUCCAGGAGCCCGGCUCCCUGCCCUUCACGGCGCGCUGCGUCCGCUCCCAGUUCCAGCACGUGUUCAUCGUGGUGCGCGUCGUGACGGAGCCUGGCGAGCCGGCCGGCUCGUACAGGGUCGCCGUCUCCCGCUCGAAGGGCGUCCCCGCGUUCGGGCCGCAGCUGCCCCAAGGCGGCUCGUUCCGCGACCCGUCCGUCUUCCGCGCGUUCCUCCUCACCAAGAUCGUCAACGCGGAGAAGGCUGCGCACAAGUGCGAGAAGUUCCACGCCAUGGCGACGCGCGCCCGGCACGAGAGCCUCCGCGAGCUGGCCGAGAAGUCGGUGACGACGACGGCGCUGGACGCCAACACGCGCUUCGCCUUCCCGCUCAACCCGUGGCGCAAGGAGAAGCUGCUGCCCAGGCCCCGUGCCGAGCUGCUCAGCAGAGGGGCCCUGGUGUGGGACGUCCUCGCACGCGACUUCUGCUCCUCGUGCGCCGAUGACGAGGACUGCGACGACGUGCCGUGCUUCCUGGCGCUGUCCGCCUCGAGCCUGGUGCUGGUGGAGAAGGCCUCCGGGCGGGUGGUGUUCCACCGUGCCAUCGCCCAAGUGCUGGGUUGGACCCCUGGCCAGCGCUCGCUCAGGAUCGAGUUCGAGGAAGGGGGAUCUCUGCGCUUGGCCAGCUCGCAGAAGUACUGCGAUGAGAUCUCGGGAAUCGUUCAAAGACUGGAGGUAUUGUGCACUCCCCUGAGGUCCUACGGCAACCAGUCCGUACAGCAAGGGUGAAUGAACGAUGCAAAUUCGUGUGGCUACUCAGUUACUCGGUUCACCUGCUCAUCGACAAUUUUUUUCCCCCCAUAUGAAAUCACAUUUUUACAUUGCAUUUGAAAAUACAUGUUACACAUUCCACAACUAUGUUUUUUUCGUUAUAAUAAUCACGAUUACAAAGCUGUGCACAUUGAUAACCGUACAGGGAUUAAACCUUCUCAAUGGUGCUUUGCGGUUGCUUUGGUAAUGUGUAGAGGACCUCUGGACAGUGAAACUAAACAGGCGCAGGAGCCGAGUGCAGUUUAUGAACAUCGCUCCGCUCUAGAGUUACAAAUGCAACGUCACGAUCGGUACAUUUAUCAACCCACCUCUGAUGGCUCAUGCAUCCUGAAUGAGUGGUUAAAGUAAACUUUCGUAAUUGUAUUUAUCAGCAAGAUAUUGUGCAGCCUAACCCGACAAUACUGUAUUUUUGUAUAACAAUAUAAUUUUGUGAAAAUAUGUAUCGCCGUCUAUUUAACCCAUAUACGCCUCGCAAUUUGUAACGUUCCUAUGUCAGGGGAACUCUUCUGGUGAAUAAAGCAAUUUUUAUCAGA